AUGAAUUCAAAAUCAUCCAAUGAUACCAAUAUUUUUGCUAAUAGCUUGCCUGCUGUUUCGUGUACCACAGAUAUUCGUUCCCAACUAAAUUGUGAAGAAGAGGAUGUUGCGCAACAAGUUAUACCUUUGGAUGCUAUUGGAAAUUUUCUUGUACUUCUAAAAUCUGGAAAAGUUAAGAAAAUUGAUGAAAGGAUUGAUGGGUCUACUUGCACUAUUGCUGACUAUAAAAGACAUGUUAAGCUUGCCUACAAUCAAUUUUUUGGGUCAAUUAUUGCUCUAGACGAACAAUUAGUGUGUGCCCGUCGUGAAUAUAAUGGGCAAUUCCAUAUGGCUAAUAUGCUUACUAGAGUUGUCGAUUUAGAAGAUGUUUUCCCUGUUGAAUUUGCAGUCGGAGAAGAGAUGAUUUGGCGUUGCUUUCUUUCCUCACAGGAUUUGCAACGGGCGCCGGAGAUGAAAAAAUUCCUUAUGGCUUUGAAUCAGAGAAGUACUGAAAGUAGAAAAUCGGACUUUGCAGCAGCUGUUAUUGACAUGAAUAUUAUGCAAAUGUUUGUUGAAUUGAAUGUUUUAAUUGCUGCAGAUAGGAAACGUCCACCUUUAAACAAUGAUUUUGCUUCAUUUUCUUAUGCUUAUUUGUUGCUAGAACGGCUUCGACUUUUGCUUCGUCCACUUAAACCUUAUUCGCCCUUUGACGGUCGUCUUUCUGGAAAAUUUAGGACAGAAGAAGUUGGUGAUUUAAUGCAUGUUACUUCUUCAAUAUCUAAAGAUGUGAUGAAUGUUGAAUCUGCUAGACGUCUUUCUUUCUACCGAUGGCCUCAUAAAGACUUUAAAUAUACAUCCUCGUCCAGAAUGUCUGAAGCUGGAUUUUAUCUUCAACCUAGCGGUGAUGGUGAUGAUAAAGUAAUGUGCUUUGCCUGCUCUAUUUGCCUUAUUAGCUGGGAACAGGAUGAUGACCCUUAUCAGGAACACGAGAGACACUCUCCCUCUUGCAAAUUUUUGACUGCUCCACUCUCUUCCACUAACAUUCCUAUCGCUGCUACAAUGUCAAGUUUGGCUCCAUUAAAAUGGAAUGACGAAGUUGAAUCUCAACAAAAAUCUACUAUAGAAAAUAAUUGUGAAAAUUUAAUUAUUGGAACGAUGACAACAAAGUCUUUAUGGUUUGCUUUUGCUGAUCCUUUGAAUCUUAAACCGCAAAUCAAUCUUAUACAUUUGGAUAAAGUUGCACAGGCUGUUAAUACUUUAAUUGUUGACACUUUCGACCCUUUUCUUUCCAAUGCCAUUGGACUUAAACCUCCAAAUGUACCGGCACCUCCACAGUCUCUUCCUCCAAUUGAAACUCUUACAAAUGUAAUUGUUGCUGCUGCUCAACAAAGACGAGUAACUUGGAGCGAUGAGCCAACAGUAAUGACUAUAGAACAGCAACAACAACCUUUGGAACGUAUUCUUUUACUUGACCAAAAUAUUGCUGAAGAAGCUUUUGAGGACGAAAGAGAAGAAGAAAUGGUCUCUCCUGGAUUAAUUGAAGACCAAGAAGAUGAAGAAUUGAAACAACAUCAACCAAGUCCUCAUGUAUCCAUUUCUCCUGAAAAUUUUGAUAAUCGAAUUGUUAAGAUCACAGCAAUCUGUUCGGCAGGCGUUGGAAACGAUCCUAGUGAUAAUCGUGAAGAUUCUAGACAGCAUCUAUUAGGGGAUUCGACCGAUGCAAUGGAUUGUAACGUUGAAAUGAAUUCUAAUUCAAGCAAAAUCACUGCUGUCCUUUUUGUUGGAAUUUCUGUUGAUGAGGUUUCUUUUUUGUUAAUUAUUAUGGUGUGCGGACAUAUCGGGAUGUCUGUGAUAAGAAUAACCCCUUGUGUGUUUAUUUUGAUUAGAAACAUAAAUUUUUUCGUCAUUAGGAACCACGUUUACUGGGACUAA